AUAUAGCAAACCAGUACAGGUCUUACUCUCAUUCCGUGUGUGCGCCUAGCUAGCUUACAGACAAAUCGUCCGGUGAACGAUCGACGAAGAUUAGUGACCACAGUUGUGACUGCGGUGCUUAUAGCGACGACGCUUCGCGUAAUUAAUUCCGUAGCUUUGAUUACGUGCUCUCCCUCUGCAAAGUUGAACCGCGAUAACUUCCUAGUCAACCAAAUAAUAUUAAUCAUAACAAAAACAUUUAAAUUACAACAAAUUUUAUCAAAAUGGAUAUGGGUCAUACGCACGGUAAUGAUAGCACGACGACGACAGCUUCUUGUCCAAUGAUCAUGGUGUUCCACGGUGGUCAUUGCGAGCGAAUAUUAUGGCGCGGUUGGGUUGCCAGUACUGUGACAGAGUUUGGUCUCUCUUGUGUCGCUUGGUUUUUUAUCGCCUUUCUUUACGAAGCACUGAAAUUCGGGCGUCAACAAUUACAUAAAUAUGCGGCACAAAAAGCGGCAGAAAGUAUGGCGUUGGAGGUUGAAGCGAGACGUGCUGCCCAUCCCCCGGGUUGCACACAUGCGCCUACUCCGUUGCCAGAGAUUCGAGUCAAAACUAAUAGAGAUCAUCUUUUUUCCAUACACCACAUCAUCCAAUCGCUGCUAAAUGUCGUGCAGAUUAUCAUUUCCUACCUGCUGAUGUUGGUCUUCAUGAACUUCAAUUAUUGGCUGUGCUUGUCCAUGAUAUUGGGCUUGGGUUUCGGCUACUUCUGCUUUGGUUGGAUAAGGCAACAAGGUAUCGGCACUGAAUGUUGCACAUAAAGCUGGUGCAAUUUAUGUUUGGUUGUUUUCAUUUUGAAUAAAAAUUGUUAUGUUGAAAAGUAAUGCAUUUCAAAAACUGACUAAGUAGACUGUUUGAAAUUAAUAACUUUUGCGAUUAAUGUUAUCAUAUAAGCUGAUUUAGAUUUAGAAAAGGAUUUUUAUUUAAGCGCAUAUUUUAUACCUAAAUUUUAGUUGUACGAAUUUAAAUAUAUUCAUUUGUAUUUAAAACAAAUAAUUUCUAAGUCUAGAACUGUUAUGUUUUUAUGACAAUCGAUUUGCUACUGUACUUGCCCUGUUAUAUUUUAUAGUCGAUCUUAUGUAAAAUAACAUAAAUUGAGCAUGUUAAAAUUCUGUCUACUUAGGGAAUUUUGUUACCUUAGUUAAAAUUAUUGGACAAAUGUUAUGUGUUUUAAAGUAUAUGUACGAUAAUGUAAAGUUUUAAAAAAAAUUUAAUAUUUAUAUAAAUUUUUUAUGUUUUAAUUUCAAUUAUGGAUUAGAAAUAAAGAGCCAGAGAUCGUCUAAAAAAACUAAUUAAUUUGCAUAUAGCUAACCGAACUCUUAUCAUCAAUAUGUUGUAAAUUUAUCUAUUAUGCUUUCUAAGAUAUUCAUUUCAUUUAUACCGCCAUAUUCAAGUAAGCAUUUUUAACGGUUAAAUAAUAAGAAAAUUGUCAUAUUACAAUUGAGAAAGUUAAUAGUUGGCGUGGGGUCAGUUCGACGGACAUCUUAGCCCUUUCUUAAAAUGAAAUAUUUGAGUCAACCUGAAUGUAAAAAGCAACAUUUCGCAACUUUUUGCUCUGCACAUCAAUCGGCAUAAUGUUAAAGUAUUCGCCGCAUGAAAUAAUCUUUUUAAUUGUCAAACAUUUGUUGUUUGAAUUACAUCAAAAAUGUGUAACGUGUGAGUUGGAAAUGAAAAUUUGGUAUGUUAUUUGCGAGAUAAGAUUCCUUAUGUUGUAAAAAGUUAGGCCGAGAGGAUAGUCUUAAGUCAAUGAAUACUUUGCGAAUUUGUAAAGGUAAAAAAUUGGCUUCAUCGUUAUGUAGAGGCUUUUGAGUCUAAACAUUGUUAACUAACGUGCCUCAGAGCAAAACCUCCAAAAUGAAUCAGAAGACAACGGUAAAAUAUAUGAAAUUUGUGUUCGAACUAUCAUUAUAAUAUUCUAAGGCUGGACUUUAAAUAACUGCAGGUAGUUCAUGGAGCAUCUACAUAUGUACAUAUUGUCUAGAUAUUUUCAUAGUAUUAUACAUUUCGUUGCCUAAAAUGCAAAACAACGUAUCAUCAAAAAAAAAAAAACGAAAUUCAGUUUUUUAUUGCUUACGAUUACAUAUCGUCACCUGAAAUGCAAAUAUUCGAAAUUGAGUGUCUUAUUGAUUAUGAUUCACUACUUCAAAUUGCAUUCAUUAUAUUACAUAUGUCCAAUAUUUUCAGGUUCUGCUCUCUGAUAUAAACCGGUUUUAACCAAUAUUCAUUCAUGUUCCAUUUUAUUUCGUGUUUCAUUCAUGCCACUGCAAAUUUCCGAAAAUGUUGUUACGUUAUUUUGCAUUUU